AUGCUGCACCCGACCAGCAGCAGCACGUUGAGCGAUUGGAGCACGAGCUGGAGCAAUGGGCAUUUCAAGCGAAAGGCAGUUCGUACCUCCGCCCAGCCGGGCUUUCAAGAGGCGUUUGCCACGCUGUUCGCGCUGGAGAUGCAAGACCUGCUCGGCAUCAAGGAGGAUGGGCCGCUGCCCCCCAAGGGCACCAGGCAUGAUUUGGGGGAUGUGGUGCGGGGCCUCAAGGAGGGUGAUGGCGCCCAGGACUACAGCAUCAGUGCCUUGAAGCUGUUCAACCAUUACCUGCACAGUCUCCAUAGCAAGAUCAGCUACUGGAACCAGAGCGACGCCAUCUACGCUUCAGGCGCCGUUUUCACCCUGGCCGCCAGCCCCUGGCUGGACUACAUCAUCAUAGACUCCAACUUCAUGACCACCGCCAUGCUGCCCACGCGCGACGUGCGGGUAGUGCAGCUGCUGCUCAGCGCCAUGAAGCCCUAUGGCAAGCAAGUCUUUUUUGAGGGGGCCUUUGAGAGGAUCAGCGACCCUGAGAUUCACCGUCGGGCAGUGAUGCUGACUGCGACGUCCGGCGCGCACGGCAUUGGCUUCACCAACUGGCUGGACCGUGUCGGGCCCACCUUCUUCAACGAUACCCUGCAGGGACUGCCGCUCCCGCACAGCGACGCUCCGCCGGUGGCCGUCCUCACGCCAUACCGCUCUUACCUGGCGUACAAGGGCACACCCAAGGAUGCCAACGGCGUGCUCUUUCCCACAGACCCGCAGCAGGACCGGCUGUUUGCGUGCCUGGAUGAGGUGGAGAAGGAGCUGCCGUCCCUUGAUGGCCUGCAGAUAUUUGGCGUGCCCACCAUGCUGCUGCCGGUGCUCCAAACCUUUGAGCAGGUGUGGUAUGUGGAGCCCGACGUGCUGCUGUCGGGCGAUGCAAGCACCAUUGCCAGGAUCAAGGAGCGUGCUGGAGCGCUGGGUGUGCCGCUGCGCAGCUGCAUCAAGAAGAAGGCGCCAGCGAUUGUGCUGCCCGAGUGCUGCCCAAGCAUGUAA